AUGGCGAGCGAAAAUGGGCUCGGUCGGCAGCUGUCGUGUUGGAUUGCUGCCGUGCGAACCCAUUACCUGGUCCUGCUGUUCUUCACCUUGGUGGUUUACUUUCCGCGCCUCUGCCUAAGUUAUGCGGUCUUCUUUCUGGCCCAGCUUCUUCGGCUCAUCGCGCGCCUCACCGGCGUGGCAACAGGCCGCCCAGUAGCCAACCGCAGAAUCCUGGUGAUCACGGAUUACCUUCCGCCCCAGACACACGGCAUCGCAAUCCGCUGCCACGCCUACAUCAAAGAGAUGCGGGCCAAGGGCCACGAGGUGAUCGUCUUCAGCACGGCCUACGAGGCCAACAAGGAAACGUCCUUCGACCAUCCCAACAUCCCGGCGGUCGUCAACCCUUUCAACAUGAAGAACAGGAUAGGAUACACCCCGGGAGUAAAACUUGCUUGGUUUCUGGGUGCUCAUACCUGGGACGUAGUUCACUUGGUCUACCCGUCCCUGAUUGGCACCUUUGUCUUGUCCACAUGUGCUUGGCGGCGCAUCCCCGUCUAUUGCUCGCACCACGUGGAGAUGAACAUGUUUGCCUACAAACUGGUGCCAAUCAGGCCUGUGGCUGAGUUUGGCUUGAGGAUGUACGACAUGCUUGGAUUGUGGCCGGCCAUCAAGUGGGGCACGCUCAACUCCGCACCUACUCUCUGUUUCGCACGGGACCACCUCGGCAAGGAGCACGAGGCCAAACUUAGGCGAGUCCCAUCCGGAACACACAGCACCUUCACUCCGACUCCUGCGUCGAGCACGGAACGAAGGGAUGUCCGAUUGGCCAAGUUUGGUGUCGACAACGAGGAGGAGAAGGUCCUCCUCAUGGUGCAGCGCCUUUCUGCAGAGAAGGGCACCGAGCGCGUCUUUCAGGCCCUGGUGCCCAAGGAGGAGGGCGGUCAAGGUGUCAAGGGCGUCUUGGCGAUAGCAGGAGACGGACCGUCCAAGGACUUCUUGGUGCAGGAGGCCACCAGGCUCCGCUUGCGCGUGGUCUUCCUUGGAAAUGUACCGCACCAGGAGCUGCCGCAGUUGUACAGAUGUGCGGACUGCUUCGUGACGAUGAGCCUCUCAGAGACCUUCGGCUUGACAUGCCUGGAGGCGAUGAUGUGCGGAUGUCCCGCCGUGAUGCCGUUUUGUUCAGUCUUCGAUGAGAUCUGGCUGGACAAGGAUAAGCCGCUGACGCCCAAGGAGUGGCACUACAACAUCGAAUCCACCGAGGAAUUCGCCGCAGCUAUGGCACGUGCUCAAGCCACUGGCCGAAAGUAUCUUCAGGAACAUCCAGUUCGGAUGACCUGGAAAGAUGCUGCGGAGAAUCUUCUCGAGCAGUACGAGGAGUGCAUCAAGAUGAACCAGAAGAAAAGGGAGACUUUGCGUGAACUCGUUCUGUUCCUGGACCACUGUGUAAGGGUUGCCGUUUGCUCCCUGGCUGCGUCUUGGGUCCUUUGCCGGUACUACUGGCCGGUCGUGAAAGGCUUCGGCAGGCAGCUGGGUCUCGAAGAGUUCAUGCGCUGA